GCUGAAGCCUCCAUGCGCCGAAGCACCUCCAUAGCUCGGAAUAUCGCGGGAAGCAGUCUACGUAUCGGCGUGGCUAGUCACAUGGACCUUCAACGCCGCCAGACCGUGUUCGUUGAGGAUACAGAAGAAGAACGGUCACGUCUCGACUUCGCCACGAAGAAGUUCGGAGCAGGCAGCUUCUCUGUUUCUCCCUGGCUCUGCGCCGGAUGCGAAUGUGCGCCCACUAAAGCGUAAGGCACCAAGCAUGCGACUGCCAGUCAAGCACUACACGACCGAGUCACCACUAGUUCCUGUGAUCAAUGGAGAGCCAUGGAGCCAUUACGAGCUCAGAUACCGCUUGAAGUACGGUACCUCAGUCGGCGUGAUAACGAGUCGGGACGCUUCACGCCGCCAGUUCCUCAUGCGUACUAUUGGCGGUCGCGACACCGACGAAAAGAUACAACGCGUGCGACAGCUUUGCCAUGAUAAUAUCGUCAAGGGCAUUGAGAUUUACAUAUCUGAACCCGGGAGCUACCUUCUCGUCUCUGAGUUCAUGCCAACGACUAUUCAGCAUAUUUGUCGCUCGCCAAUCUAUCCUAACGAGCCGCAACUGAGCUCGAUGCUGUUCCAGAUUCUUCAAGGGCUACAAUCUUCCCCGACCACACAAGGAGCGCGAGCUACGCGCGCGGUUAAGGGACAAUGCAUGAAGGAACAGCGAACUGGCAUGAUAGACGGAAAUAUCCUUCUUUAGCUCGAGUUAUUUUCGGCCAUGGCUCCCGUGUCAAAAGCGCACGUAAAUACAUCUCCACGUUACCUCUAGACAAAGCAAGAUCUACGUGUACACAGAGUGGUCA